UACAGAAGUGUGUGCGGUGCAUGUAGGAUGCUCGUGUCCACUCGCUUCAACACUCGUUGCAUGCUACUUUACUUUCCCCAUUCCCACAGUAGGUACCAAAGAAGAGCUCUGCACCUGCUCUGCAGACACCAUACGGCAUGGAUGCGUUAAAAUCAGCCGGGAGAGCAAUAAUCAAAAGUCCUGGAGCUCCGCGGCACACAUGGGGAACCUCCAAGCAUGAAAAGCUCCCAGAGAACUGGACAGACACCAAGGAGACACUCCUGGAAGGGAUGGUGUUCAAUGUAAAGUAUCUAGGCAUGACUCUGGUUGGUCAACCUAAAGGUGAAGACAUGGCAGCGGCAGCUAUCAGGAGGAUUGUUACCACGGCUCAUGCCAGUGCGAACAAGUUUCAAAAAGUGACCCUCACUGUCUCCCCUAAAGGAAUCAUCAUCUCAGACACAGAGACCAAUGACCUCAUUGAGGACGUUUCCAUUUACAGAAUUUCUUACUGCACAACAGAUAAAACUCAGGAUAAGGUAUUUGCCUACGUCUCCCAAAGCCAAUUCAAUGAAACUCUGGAGUGCCAUGCCUUCCUAUGCCAAAAAAAGAAAAUAGCUCAGGCAGUGACUUUGACAGUAGCACAAGCUUUUAAAAUAGCACUGGAUCUGUGGGAGAUUGCACAGGAAGACAAAAGUAAGAAAGGUCGCACAUGCUAUUCCUGUACAGACCCCGAGUCUCAUCCUGAAUCAGAUCAAAACAGUGUUUCAGAGGAGAAGGAGACUCAGGCUAUGAUGGAGCACAAACUUAGAAAGCCCUUCUUGCCUGCCUUUCUUUUACCAUCUCCACGCAGCAGCACUAGGAGACGGCCAAUCAAACAUGAUUCCUGGGAUGUGGAAGAUAGCCUUGAUGAUGCAUUUUCAAGCAAUAUGGAGGUGGGGGAGAUGGACACAGGUAAGUGAGACUGGCCACGUCCUGCAGCAGAACCGUGUCUGAGGAUGCAGCUAUGAGUCCAGCAGAAGAAGAUCUUCUGUCUUUCAACAUUGAGGACUCAUAAUGAACACACAUCACUCUCGCCAGCCUAUCAGAAAGUGCCCUCAGAACACAAUACAUCCCAGCACUUCACACAAAGUGCAAAACAUGCCUCAGUGAAUGACUUCUGGACUGUAGAAAAGACCACUGCCACAGUAUCUACACUUAGAAUCGUUUGUACUACCUAACAAUACUACUGUACAAAGAAAGCAGCAUAGAUUUGUAUGAUUCAACUAGAUGAUUAAUUAAUGGAAUAUUUCACCCAAAAAAUGAAAAUUCUGACAUAAUUUACUCACUCUCAUGUUGUUCCAAACCAGCAUGAUUUUGUGUUUUCAGUGGAACACAAUAAGAGAUAUUUAGUGUCCUCGCUACUCUUCCAUGCAAUGAAAGUAAAUGGGGAUUGUGGGCGUCAAGCCCAUAAAAGGACAAAAAAGCACCAUAAUAGCAGUCCAAAUGACUAUAUUUCAAAUCUAAUGAAGCCAUAAAAAAGCGUUUGCAAGGAACAGGCCAAAGCAUUACUUAUUCACUGAAAACCUGGCUGUGGUCACCAUUCACUUCCAUUGGAUCGAAACAUGGACUUCUUUUCUACUUUUCUACUGCUAAAUAACUUAUUUUGUGGAAGAUAGAAAGCCAUACAUGUUUGGAACAAAAUGAGGGGGAAUAAAUUAUGACUUUUUAGUAAACUAUCCCAAGUCUUGAAUGCCAAUGUACUCACAUGACAAAACUGUAAGUUCAGGGUAAUUUCGUGACAGCAUACAACAUGUUUGAAAUUGCACGUUGUUACAUUGUACUCACGUAUAUGUGUAAGUAGAUUUGCUACAUAUAUAAUGUAAAGAGUGUAAAAACCUUGCAAUGCAUUGGUGCUAUCUUGUAGAUAGUUUGGUCAUAGUAAGUAAAUUAAUACACAAUAAAUGGAAACAUGUUCUUGAAAGGGAGACCAAAACACAUUCCAGGUAGAAUAGUUGUCUGUCCUUCAACCCAUCAUUCAGAAAUAUCUAUUCCUUUUAUGUAAUGCUCUGUAUGAUGCCCUCUCCAGUGUAUCUCAAACUCCAGUCUAUAUUAUAUUAAACUGCCACAGCAACAAGACCCUCAUCUGAUAAUUAAAAUGCAUGGGUCAUCCCAGCCAAGUGUAGAAACAAACAAACAAAAACCCCAUGAGGAUCAGUAUUGUACUAUACUUGCUUUGCAUACAUCCAACCCAACAAGCUGUGCAUGUUGUUUAAUAAUGUAAAUUUGCAAGGGAACUUUAUAUCCAGUUAUAAUCUCUAGUUAAAGUGUGUAGACCUGUUCAGGAUACAUUUACAUUAUUUAUAUAACAAUGUUUGUAUUUUUAAUCACUGUAAUUAAAUACAUAUUGUGGGUCAAGGGACAUUUGCUUAGGCAAUCAUUACAGAAGUUAUUUUCUGUGUACCAUGGAACUUUAAAUAUAAUAUUUAAAUGUGUAUACUAAGGCCUCGAAACACUUUUGAUUUUUUUCUCUAAUUGUUUU